AAAAAAAAAAAAGGAUACUACAAGGACCGCAGCCUUUCAUUGGAAGCAUCGACGCCAUCUUGCCUGGCACUACGGGAUAAUACUAACGCGAGAAACUUGGCUAAAGAAUUCAUAUUAUCCAAGCUUCAGGUAGCUUGAAGGACAUAACUAAACUGGUACGUACACUAGCCUACGGCGGAUUCAUGAAUAAUUUUUUUGUUUGGAAAAGAGAUUAAAAAAAAACACCUAAAAGCAGCUAUUUAUAAGUAUACAAAGGGAAAGCUGUCAUCUAUGUCAAAGUGCUGUCGAUCAGGAUGAGUUUGUAAACUAUGUUUUCAAAAAUUGGGAGUAUAUCAAUAAACCAUUGAGUAGAUUACGUUUUAAAUUAGUUUAAUUCUAAAUAUGUGACUUUAAAAGAAGAGAAUUUUGAUUUGGUGUGGAUGUUGUAAUCAUAUAACUGCGUUUCGCUGAGAUAGCACAUUAAGGCUUUUGUUAAAUUUGCAUAUAACAUUAGCUUAAUCUUUGAAUAAUCAGGUCCUGAUCACGUGAUUAUCGCAAAACAACUGCAAGUUACAAACCAGUGUCGUUGGAAAAGUUGUCAUAGCAAUUUCAGUACGUACUAUACUGGAUUCUUUUUAAACGGGUUCAUGCAUGUAUUAUGAUUGUACAAUAUUAGUAUAUAGCCCUCAAAACAAUUUCCGGUCUGCGCAUUUUAGCACUUGCUUACAACUGAUUCAGUAUCUUUCGUCAUGCUACAGAGAAAUUCCAAAUUGCGAGCAGCACUUGCAUCUAUGCAACCCAACAAAGAUGUCUUUCUUAGCUGGUAUUCUCUGCUCCAUUUGCAACCUAUUGCAGGUGCACAAUGACUUAAUCAAACCUGUUUUAAAUUAACUUCUCAAUAGCGAAAUUCUUGUGCCUCUCGGGAAGGCAACAAUCUAGAUAUGCACCAUCGUAUUAUUCAUCACAGAGGAGCCGACAGAAAAAUUCAUUUGCUUUAUAAUGGACCACAUGACUUUCAGCGCUAAAAUUGCUAACCUGGCAUUCAAUGGCGUGCACUGCCUCAGAGAAAAUACUGAAAGAAAAAGACUUCUUUUUGAAAUCACUCAGUUUAUAACGAUGACAGAGCAGGCAAUCAGCCUAAAAAAACCUCGGCUGUUAAUUAAGUUAAGUUAACAACGGUCAUGUUUGAAAUCAAUUUCUUUACAAAUAUCAAACCUUGAAAAUGUCGCUAAAAUAUUCCUUAGUCUUUACUUCUACUUCACGCUGCAUCUCAACUGCAUAGCGAUCGUGGAAAUACAGCCGUAGGCCCAUGGCAUUAUUUUCUCAAUGGUAUAAAGGCAUAUUUGCUGCACAACGUCAGGCUGUUUCGCUAGGGCAAUGAAACCAACUUCUGAGUGUUAUUUAUAUUUUCCUUACCUGCAAUUUACCGACAGGAGGUCUGUUGCAACAAAAUUUCUUCUUAGCAGAAAUACUUCAUUGUUGGGAUGCAACUAAUUUUCAAGCGUGUAAAGCUUGAAUACAAUGGCUUGAUUAAUACACACUAUAUGCGUACAGGACAUCGAACUACUUCAACAGAAGCCUCUACUUAACGAAAGCAACUUGUUCUCAAUUUACUGUAAUUCAUUUAAUGCACUAGACAGAUCUCUUUAGCUUAUGCGCAGGAAUAUAAUCUAAACAAUCGCUCUUUCUGCUAUUUCGUUUGCCAUUAAUUAACUUUCUGUGUUUCUUAGCAUCAGGUCGCCUUGAUGUCUUAUUGAUGACCACAAGAAUGAUUUUGGCCACUGAGGAGGGGAGGGUGGGGGCGCUCCCAAAUAGAAGUAAUUAAGGUUCUCAUCGUACCUUUUUUAUGUGCUGUUCAGGGGUUCAGUUAGUUGGGGCGCAGCGCGAAAAACCGCAUCUGGAAGAAGCUAGUGCUGUUUUAGGUUUGGUAUCUUUUAGGAGUGAAAAUGAACUGGGAAGACGUGCCCUCCGGGAUUCAUUUUGAAAAUUACCUACAAGCACCCUCUGGCUUGUUUUUCCCGAAAUUUCUUUCGUACUGUCUUCUGUAACUUAUAUCCGUGUUUGUUAUGUUCAUAGCACUUCUUUUUUGUGGAAGAAGAGAUUGGAUGAAGUAAAUGAAACUGAAAUCAACUGUCAGAUCAGCCUUCAGAUCAUCCACAGAUACAUGAUAAUUACAGUAAGGAUAGGUCUUUGAAAUUACACAAGUUUGGGCAUUCCUUAUGCGCGAAACUUUGCGCAGCACUCGCUUCACUUAUGAGACGUGGCUAUUAAUAGAUGUGUGCGUCCUCAGUUUAUUGCGUUCGCCGUUACGUUUAUUUAAUCAUUGCUCUCUUUUUUCUGUACUAGUUGCAAACGUUUCUUGUUCUGAUUGUAGAAGACGUUUAGAACAUCAUCAGACAGAGCCAUACUUCUGAGUGACCUGCGGAUUUAGCGCGAUUACGACACAAGUCAAGUAUUGCAUUUGCCCCUCAGUUAGGGUUCUUGCAAGAAACUGAUUUGGAUCGUGUUUCUUUUCGGUAAGGUUUGUUUUCAUGUGUGAAAUGGCUCUGCACUGUGCGCAUUACAAGUCGUUUGUUAGCACUUUGGUUUUGUUUUGUUUCGUUUUUAAAUCUCAUGAUCUCAAGCAGGGACUUGACUGGUUCUGGUAGCUAUGAGUGUCAUCCGGUGGUCGAUUCCUACGCUAUUCAUCUUGGCGCUGAUUUAUGGGCAAAGUGUAAACGUCUAUGGAGCCACUUUAUGCAGUCCAUCAUGUUUGCUGGUAGCAAACACAUCAGAUAUUGUCACCGUGGAUUAUAACACUGCCGCUGUAAGUUCAGUUGUUUCGGGUUUAACAAGAGCUGUUGCUGUAGACGUUCAUUUCAACUUGGGUUACAUAUUCUGGAGUGAUGUUACAGAAAAAAACAUCAAACGUUUUCGGAUUGACGUAGCGAGCACGACAACAAUUGUCACUGGCAUUGGAGUUUGUGAUGGACUAGCGGUGGACUGGAGGGCAUCACAGCUGUAUUGGACUGAUACGACGUACUAUACCAUAUCAGUAUCAGAUUUAGAUGGCAAGAACCAAGCUCUUUUAAUUUCUUCGGGCCUUGAGGAACCCAGAGGAAUAGCUCUGGACCUAGAUGACGGCUUAAUGUUCUGGACUGAUUGGGGAAUCAACGCAAAAAUAGAAAAAGCUUCAUUGAACGGAGGCCAAAGAGUAACCAUCGUAACAACGUAUCUGUAUUAUCCAAACGGUAUCGAACUUGACAGAGGAAAUAAGCGUAUCUUUUGGGUGGAUGCGGGAUAUGACACGGUGGAGUCCGUCGAUUACAAUGGAAACAACCAGAAGCUGCUUAAUCACCUCAGCGGCUUGCAUCCGUUUGGACUGACACUUAUCCCGCCUUUCUUGUUUUUUACCGAUUGGCUUACAGCUGAAGACAUCCAUCAGCUGGAUGCUACCACUGGAAAAAUUAUCCGCAAGUACAGUGUCAACGGUGGACAACCCAUGGGCAUCGUAGCUUACGAUGCUUCCCGACAACCUGCAGCUUCAAAUCCUUGCACUGUGAAUAAUGGAGGAUGUAGCCAUUUCUGUGUGGUAAAAUCAUCUGGCUAUGAGUGUGUAUGUCCAACUGGAUUAACUGUGAAACAAGAUGGCAAGACAUGCGAAGAGAAGGUCAAAAAGUUUCUUCUUUUUGCCGACGCUGACGACAAAUCCACCCAGUAUGUUUCCUUGGACACGAACUAUUUCACCUCCCAGACUUUGUUUUAUCAUCUCGGGACCCAGCGCCCAAUUGCAUUGGACUAUGACCCUGUCGAAGAUCGAGUGUACUGGUCAGACAUUGCUCAAGGUCGAAUCAUCAGCGCGUUUUUCAAUGCCACCUCAGUGAAAAAUUUGUUUCGCUGCAAUGUUGAAACGCCAGACGGCUUAGCUAUUGACUACGUGGGAAGAAACAUUUAUUGGACAGAUACAGGAACCAAUAGGAUUGAAGUAGGAUUGCUUGAUGGAACUGGGAGGAAACUGCUUAUCAAAGAUGGACUGGAUGAGCCCAGGGCCAUUGUACUUGAUGAAAGAAAUGGCAUGAUGUACUGGACAGACUGGGGCGCCAAUCCGAAGAUCGAGCAGGCUGAGAUGGAUGGUUCGGCGAGACAAACCAUUGUAACAGGAAACCUAGUCUGGCCAAAUGGACUCACUAUCGACCCAGCCACAAAUCGACUGUUUUGGGUGGAUGCUUGGGUUGACAAAAUUGAGGUAUCAGACCUCAAUGGAGGAAACAGACAGUUAAUAAUGUCAUCUGCGGCUAAUAUCCAUCCUUAUGGACUGGCGGUGUAUCAGGACAUGCUAUACUGGACAGACUGGAAUACUAAGAGCAUUUCGCGUUUAAACGUAAGCAGUGGAAACCAGGCUAUCAUAGUCAAUGGCCUUCAAAAACCUAUGGACAUUCAUGUAUUUGAUCCAGCCUUGAUAUUUUCAGGUUUUCAUAAUUGUUCUCAUAACAAUGGACUCUGCAGCGAUUUCUGCCUUCUUAAGCCAGGAGGGUACCAGUGCGCAUGUCCAACUGGCAUCGCCCUCAAGUCUGAUGGGAAAACCUGUGACCAUGCAGACACUGGAGAAAUCUACAAGGUUCCUCUGGAAGUACCUGAAACCCCUUGUUAUCCUUUGGGAAUCACCGCAAACAUCUCAAGACCCGUGGCUGUUGAUUAUGAUCCAGUGGAGGGAAAAAUCUAUUGGACAGACGUAACGUUGGAAUUACUGGCCAGGGCAUUUCCUAACGGAUCUUCAGUUGAAGUCAUCGCGUACGGUAACGUGACAACUCCUGGAGGGCUGGCAGUGGAUUAUGUUGGACGUAAUAUUUAUUGGACAGAUGAGGGAGCCAGUAGAAUUGAGGUCGCAAGGUUGGAUGGGUCAUCCAGAACUAGUCUAAUCACGUCAAGCGUUGUAGAGCCAAGAGCCAUUCUACUUGAUAUUGGAGAAAGAAAGAUGUAUUGGGGUAGUAGGGGAUUAUCGCCAAAGAUUGAACAAGCAAACAUGGACGGUUCUGCCAGGACAACUCUCGUAAGUUCAGGACUUCUAUGGGUGAACGCUCUGACUCUGGACUACCUAAAUAGACAGUUGUAUUGGUGUGAUGCGUACCUUGAUAAGAUUGAAAGGGUUGACCUACAAGGAAGUAACCGAGUACUGAUACUGGACUUAUCAUUGGAUUCUUUGCACCCUUUUGGACUCGCUCUUUUUGGUGACGCCCUGUACUGGUCUGACUGGAACAGUCAAAACGUUCACAAGUACAACAUGACAACCUCUCUGACUGAAGUCGUAGUUCAGGGCAUGGAGACUCCGAUGGAAUUGCACGUGUAUGAUCAAUCCAAAGACUUUACAGGUUAACUAUAUUUUAUAUUAU